CCCUGGUAGCUUUCUAAUCAGUUACUACGCUGACAUGAAAAUGUUUGGUGGCGUGUGGAAGCUGUGCCCAACUCUGCCGCUUUGCUGACAGGCUGAAAAUACAGAGUGCUGCUUUGCUGGAGAUUAUCACGGCUCUGCAGCUAGGAGUCCAAGAGGAAAAUUGUCUUGACCUUGUUUGGGCAGUCCUUGAGGAUGGCAAGCAAAGGACCCACAACUUCUGCAUCAACAAAGAGCUCCAGUACUGGAGGGACCAGUGGCAGCAGCAGCAGUAAUGGCUCUGGGGACACCACUAAUCAGGACAACACUUUUGAAUGCAACAUCUGUUUAGACACUGCCAAGGAUGCAGUUAUCAGCUUGUGUGGGCACCUCUUUUGCUGGCCUUGUUUACACCAGUGGCUGGAGACGAGGCCAAACAGACAAGUGUGUCCUGUAUGCAAAGCAGGAAUCAGUCGAGAUAAAGUUAUUCCUCUGUAUGGAAGAGGUAGCACUGGGCAGCAGGACCCCAGAGAGAAAACUCCACCACGACCCCAAGGACAGAGACCUGAACCAGAGAACAGAGGGGGAUUCCAGGGCUUUGGGUUUGGUGAUGGUGGCUUCCAGAUGUCCUUUGGAAUUGGGGCGUUUCCCUUUGGUAUAUUUGCCACAGCCUUCAACAUAAACGAUGGGCGACCUCCUCCAGCUGUUCCAGGGACUCCUCAAUAUGUGGAUGAGCAGUUCCUUUCCCGCCUCUUCCUGUUUGUGGCACUGGUGAUAAUGUUCUGGCUGUUGAUUGCAUAAGUCUUUUCCAUUAUUCUAUAUAUUCAUGACCAACAAGGCCACUGAAACAGUUACAAACUGCAUCCCCAUCCCAUUUUAAACCUCUUGGUGUCUGGUUCCGUAGCUACCUAUGGCCUUCAGGAAUUGGUGGUACCACAGCACAAUGAGGAAUCUCACAUUUUGCACCAGAGUUGGUAAUUAAAACAUUGGUUUAAAAGUGUAUUUCAGCUCAGAUAUCUUGUACAACAGGUUCCUGCCACAAACCAUGGGCCUAGCAUUGAGCUGCACUCCGAAAGGAGUGCUGCUUUGAAAUCCUGUGCCAAUCAGUGACACCAGGUCUGUGGGAUACAGUUAUCCCAACACAGACUGGGCAGGUAAGGAAACUCUCCAGUGUGACCAGUAUCUCCUGCUUUGCAACCAUGAUGGAUCUGCCAGAGCUGCAGAUGUUAUUUAAUGUCUCCAUCAACAUCUGACCUUCUCCAGGAAAUCACCUGCAGCAUGCUGAGACUCUCUGGGGCACAGCACGUGGUGCAAACAGCACCAGGUCUGGAGACCGGUUCCGGUUUUUUUUCCGUCUGUUAUUUCCCCUUCCUGAUGGUCCUGAUGGCUGUUAGAAGAAGGGAUACAAACUUAUGCUGCAAUUUUUUAAAGCCUGAGCAUGCUGGAGCCAGACACUGGAAGAUUCUGUGGCUGUGGAGCCAGGUGGGGCGGCCGGCCCGGCCAGCUCCUCACUGACAAGCAGUGUUGUCUUCCCCGGCCCUGCAGCGCCUGUGCCGCACUCCUGGAUAAUCCCCUCACACCUCGCCACUGUAGCCACAUUGAUCUUUCCCAGGGCUCUGAGACUUUCUACACAAGCUCAUGUACUCCAGAUAAAAUCCUAUUACAGGCCUGAGAUCAGCUUGUUUGGGGAGAGGAACAAAAGGCAUCUUUAUGUGAGUUUUGAGGUAAAACUUGUCAUACUGUAAAGGUACACAGGAGGAGACCUGAGAUCCUGCCUUUGCCAGCACGCACUCAGUAGGGAACAUUUGGAACACCUCUCUGCAGGUGCACACAGACCUUCUCCCGUGCCACAGCAGAGCAGCUACAGCACAAGAGUCUCUGCAGCUAAAAUCUACCAAAGAUUUUAAUUUGAAGUGCUGGAGGAGACCACAACCAUUAAUGUGCUGAGGGGAUAUUUCAGAAGGUGAGCAAUCUGCAGCCGCUUUGGAAUCCUGUUGGGUAUUCAGCUUUAAAGAGUACUCCUGAUGUAUUUGUGUAGAUUCCUUCAAAACAGGUAUGAGAGAUUCCCUAGCAAGAUGAACAGUUCAUAUUUCUCUGACUAGGCAAUUCCAUUUUUUUUCCUCUGUUUUUAGAUUUAUUUUUUUUUUAUUCCGGUUGCUCAUAGUCAUAAUGAUUUCCUGCAAGAUGAAUGUUGUGACUUCCCUGGCAGUAGACAGAAAAACUGAAAAGCAAAUCAAUUAAUAGAAACUUUGUUUCAAUAGCUUGGGAUUUUUUAGCAUAUGGCAGAGUUUCCUGGGCAGAACACCUUUAAUUAAUUGUUAUAGAAGUUUAUUUAUGUAAUUAUAAACUGUUUCCUUUUAGUGUCAAGACAGAGUAUGACUGAAGUUUAACUUGCCUACCUCCAAAAUUCCAUCUGGCAAGUAGAAUGUUGCAAAGCUUCUGCAGUGUUUUUUGUCAUGUCAGAUUUAUCCCUGACUCGAUGAUAAUCUGACAGAAUAUAUUGCUCAACUAUUUAUAGUUGAGGUGGUGCUUCAGCUUUUGUUGUGUGGCACUUCUGAGUAGCUGAACUUCGGCACAGGGUUCUUCUCAAGUGUGUAACUUGGUAACUGGGGCCCUUCCCAGGGGGACAGGCUGUUUGUUUGGUUGUCCUGCAGUGUCCUGGCUUUGGGUUCCUCUCCUGCCAGUCAGCACCACCUGCUGAUGGGAAGGGAAGGUUCAUGUGUCAGUGAGGGGUGGAUUCCUUCUCCUUUUGUACAGAGAAAUUCGAUGCUGAGAGGUUAUGCAGGGAGAAGAAGGGUAGCCCUUUGAAGCCUUUAUCCCAUAAAGAGGACAGAGAGUGACUGCAAUAGAUUCAAGAGGUACUGAAAUAUAUUUAAGUAAUACAUUUUAAACCCCAGAAUUUUAAUGGAUCGGGGGCGGGGAUUUCCAUCUAGGAGUGAGAAAAAUAAUGGAUUUAGAGAAGGCUGCAGAAGCAUGACUGAGAGCUCUUAUUUUCCGGCAAUUCAAGGAUGAAAUAGUCUAAAAGUGUUAACGCUUCGUUUCCCCUUUCCCUGGUGUGCUUUUGUAUGUAACCCGACCGCACACGGCCCGGACGGCUCGGCUAGUGCGUUACCGUUCCUCCUCACUAAUUUUCACUGUUGUGAAAGUGAUUUAGAAUUAAAAAAUGGUUUUACAUUGA